CACGCUUUCUAAGCUUUCUAAGAUUCGUCGCCGGGAAUCCUCAUCACCCCCUCCCCUCCCCCUCCCAACUUCUUCAUCUCCCUUCCUUUAUUAAAAGCCUUCUCGAUUCCUUCUUUUUCCUCUCUCUCUGACUGAAAUUUCUGGGUCUCCGUUGCCUCUGGUUCGAGUAUUUAUUUGACUUUGACAUCCUAUUGGGAAAUUAUUGCCAUUUUUUCUCUAAUUAUUCUUCGAUUUACUCGAUCUCUGGUAGAUCUUUAUUCCUCUGGGGUUUGUCUUCAGUUCAUGGCUGAUUCUGUUUCGAUGUUAGUUUUCUAAUUAAUUAAGGAUGAUUUUUUCUUUUUGAAAAGCUAUUGGUCUCUCUCCGAUCGGGGUUUCUUUUCCCCUUUCCGUGGUUUACGGUUUCGAAGAAAUCUUUGGUUUGGUCUGAGAAAGAAAGAAUGCGAAUCCGAAUCGCUAACGCCUUUAGCUUUUGGGCAUUCGUGGAACGCUCUAAAUAGUGGGGGGAGAGAAGGCCAAAAGCAGCGACGAGGGAGAAGAGCAAGGAGGGAUAAAAAAAAGAGCCAGCUUUACCACUAUUACUUGGAGCUCUAGGGUUUGGGAUGGAGAGGGGCUACGGAUCGGCGUACGAGGCGGCGGCUGGGGGAGGAGGAGGUGGAGUGGUGCUGUCGAGAGACCCCAAGCCAAGGCUCCGGUGGACACCGGAUCUCCACGACCGGUUCGUCGACGCCGUCGCUAAACUCGGCGGACCUGAGAAGGCAACACCAAAGUCAGUGCUGAGAGUGAUGGGCAUGAAAGGAUUGACACUAUACCAUCUGAAAAGCCAUCUUCAGAAGUAUAGACUUGGAAAGCAAUCUCGGAAGGAGACCGGAGUAGAAUCGAAAAAAGAUGGAAGUAAUUCGAGUGGGAUCACCUAUUCCUCUGCAACCACUGGCAGUCUCCCCAGAGGAAACAAUGCUGGUGAAAUGCCACUUGCUGAGGCACUAAAGUAUCAGCUUGAAGUGCAGAGGAAACUCCAUGAGCAACUUGAGGUUCAAAAGAAGUUACAGAUGAGGAUCGAGGCCCAAGGGAAGUACUUGCAAGCAAUAUUAGAGAAAGCACAAAAAAGCCUCUCCUUUGACAUGAACAACUCUGGGAGUUUGGAAGCAACUAGAGCACAGCUUACAGAUUUCAACCUUGCACUCUCUGGUCUGAUGGACAAUGUAAAUCAAGUAUGUGAAGAAAAGAAUGAAGAGCUGGGACAAUUUAUACCACAGGACAACCUUAAAAGGGCUCACAGUUCAGGUUUCCAACUUUACCAGAAGCAACAAGAAGAUGGUGAGGAUAUCAAGCUUGCACCACAUGGAGGUUCACUCCUACUGGAUUUGAAUGUGAAAGGAAAUUAUGAGCUAUUUGGUGGGCCAAGAGGAAGUGAACUUGAUCUACGGAUACAUUCUCCAAGAGGAUAGAUCAUCUUGGCUGGUCUUGUUUGAGCUGUGAUCCUGUAGAAGUUCUUAUCGAGAAUUUUGGUUGUGAAUAUGGUAAAUUUCGACUUCUGCAUUGGCUGCUUGUUUGCAGGCUGGAUGGCUGUCCUACUGCUGUAAAUUUUAUUCAGUGCAGAUGUGAUAGAACUUUGAAUAAGUGGCAACAUUUGUUGACACUGUAAUAGCUCUUCAUAAUGAUGCACAACUUCAAUAUGAUAUGCAAGUGCAAAGAUAGAGCUCUUCGUUGUGAACUUGGACCUGUUUUACCUCUGGCAUUUUACAGGGCUAGUACUAAUAAUUGUUG